AUGUCCCAGCGAGGUGUUGAACUAUUUGAUACCUUUCUCAAGAACAUCGCCCAAUACAAGGAGGGAGACUUUUCAUCAACAGCGUACCCUUUCGAUACAGACCAGCCGGUAUAUAUAGGAGAGCUCAUUGAUCCAAAACGACAAGGCAUCUCCCUGAAAUAUGCGUUCUAUGUACUGGUAAAUGAGUCGGACCAUGGAGAAGAUAACCUGUUCAAGCAGGCGCUUCUGCUGGAGAGCGGAGAUGAAGAGGGUGAAUGUGAUAGCGUGGCCGACUAUGAGGUUCUUUUGUUCCUGGACUUUGGUGGGCAUAACAUGCUAGAAAUGAUUGAUUUUGGUGGGGAUAUGGACAUCGACCUCCUUCCCGAGGAAAUCAACAAUUGUUUCGAGCAGUCGGUCGAAGAAAUCCUCAACAUAGCCAAAUCCAAUAUCGAAAUGGUCUCACAGCUGAAGGGAGUCACGCCGGUCGUCGUUGUAUCCGGGGGCACGGCCAAGCAUGUGGUGAUCAAAAGGCGCCUAAAGGACAUUUGCAGUAAGAAUGGUAUACAAAAACUGCGAUUCGUCGCCGAUCUCAACAUUGAAAACGAAUCGGGUUAUAUUGCUCGAGGGGUUGCGUAUGCGGCUUGUAACCGCAUGACGAUUGAGCAAUAUUUCCGACGAGGGGCAGCAUUUGGCCUUCAACGAAAACAAAAUCCUAGUCGAGGGAAGGGAAACCCCGAUGGCAUAUGGGAUGAUGAAGCCUCUCUUGUUUUCAGCUUGGUAAGUGGUUGGGCCGAUGCUUUAGCCGUCUUAGACCAUUUGUUUAUCGAUUCAGCAGAAUAA